AUGGGCUGCGUCUACUCGAAGCAGAAUUUUUCGGGUUCCGGCGACGGCAGCUCAAGAAGAAAACAAAAGAAUCAAAACGGCUCUUCUUCAAAUGGAGCCGCCGGUGUAGAGCUCAAUCCGAGCGGCGGCGGCUCUGAGCCAAACAGUCCAAACCAUGCAGGCAAUGGCAGUCUACGCCAGCGAAUCUACGACGUUGAGGUGUGCAACGUCGAGAAGGAGGGUAUCAUCCACGGACAGCUGGAGAUAACGGACACCAACUUGAUCUACCGCCUCAAGGGCCGAUCUCCCAUUAUAUGGCCGCUCAGAUUCCUUCGCUCCUACGGCCACGACAAGGACAUCUUCAGCUUUGAAUGUGGCCGGCGGUGUCCCACUGGCGAGGGCGUCUACGUCUUCAAGUGCUCAAAAGCAGAACAGCUCUUCCGGACGCUGCUCGAUGUGAUCAACAGCGCCACGACGCUGAACGCCUCCAACGGCGCCAUCAAUCCGAAAGAACAGCGAGCAUCACCUGUAUGA